GUGUGUUCCUGUCUGUGUUUGACUGAGUGACAGUGGUAGUAAAUAUGAAGUCAAUCUUUCUCGAGCUAAAAGUAGCAGCAUAUGGGAUGUUGGCUACAUGCGUGCCUAUGAGGAAUGUUUUGUGCACAGGUGUGUGCGUGCAAGUCUGAUGUGCCAACUGUAUUAGCAUGUGGCAUAAUUAAGCGCUCAUUUUGGACAGCCAGGACUGAGAGAGAGAGAGAGAUGUAGAGAGAGAUGAUCGGAGGAUUGGGGGCUCAGUGAACAGAACGAAGCGAUGGAGAGAUGCUCCAUCUCUCCUGUCAAACGACUGACCACCCUCCACUGCCUUUUCUUCCUCAUGGUUGCCGCGGUGACGCAACCCUCUACCUGUAACCGUGACGACGAGGGCGAGGGGAAGGUGGAGGCCCUCUCGGCCCAGCUGUCUAUCCCAGGACAGGUCACACCCACCCCUAUUUGGUCCGUGGACUGGGGCCCCACACUAGCCCUGGAGGACGAGACGCAUCACAUCCUGUCCAGCCAGGAAGCAGACCUGCACCACCAUGGCCAUGAAUUCCCCACGACAACCGCCGAGGCCUGGCCGCAUCAUCAGAGUGCACCGGGCAGCGCUUUACCCCAGGAGCCCUUGGACCUGCUGGAGGCCCCGGACGCAGAGGGAGUGGAGGAUGGAGGAAGUGAGGCAGAGGAGAGAGAGCCUGAGGAAGUGGACCCUCAGUUCUACGUCACAGUGACCAUCUCCUCUCUGCUCAUCCUGACUGCUGUCAUCAUAACAGUCAAACUCUGUUACGACCGCAGCUGUUCCCAGCACCCACCCCCACUUUCCCGUGGCGUGGCCCCCCCCCUCUCUCUCGCCCUCCCUCGUUCCCUGGCUCUGGAGGACAACCGGCAGACGCUGCACGGCACUCCCUCCUUUACCGACAGGGAGAGGAUCCCCGUGGUGAACCUCUAAGGCGAACGUUCUCGAUUUGAUACACAUUCCUACGGGAUGCGACGGAGAACAUCAACACCGCCAGAGGGUGUGCCCACCGUGGCCCACCGUGGUCUUCUAUUUAUCUUUGACUGUGAAAAUGAAAAUCAGGAAACCAGGUAUCCAGCCAUGGCAAACACCUCUUUUUCCAUCCAUCCCUUCCUCCCGAAGGAGAAAAGCCCAAUCUCAUCCCUUCCUUCCUGCUGCCAUCCUCCUGCGCCUCUUUUCUCCACUUUUCUAUGGCUCUGUGUCACUGUAGACUGAGCAAACCUUCCGCUCUGUUUUAUAUUCCGUUGUCUGUACUGCCCCAGGCUGUAGCAGCAACACACGUACAGGUCCCUCCACUUUAUCUGCUUUGACUAAUUCACAAGCAAACAGUGUUAGAUAUCAAUAGAACGUUUUAGUCCCACCGGUGCCAAAACCGCAUAGCUAUAUGAGGCUAUUUGGAAUAUUUCAUACAGAUAUCUUGUGUAGCUGAACUUUGAACUAUGAUGAAAUAGUGGACUUGGUUAUUGAAACUUAGUUGAAAGUGAAAUAUGUGUGUUAUCUGAAAGUGAAAUAUUGGUGUUCAGCUAGCUGGUGAAGGGUUAAAACAAUCCCUGUUUCCUAGGACUGAAGGGGGUAUUUCACAAAGCUGGUUAGCAAUGUUGUCGCCAGCCGCCAAUGUACUUAACACGACACGGUCCAAAAAUCGCUGUUUACUCCCGCUUGGAAGCUUGAAAUGCAAAUAGGCCCACUGCAGCUUCCACAUUCGCAAUGUGUUUUCUGGGUGUUUUUAUUCCCUAAACUGUAUUCUUCGUUUCUUCCUUUAAUUGUCUUGCUUCUUUGCCACCUCUCUCUGUUGUGCAUUUGUGAGUGUGUUAUCUUGUCUCUGGAGCAUGGGGAUGAGCAGGAUUUAUAUAUUACUGCUCUAUAUAGGGUUGUGAAAUUCUAUCUUUUUCACCAAAUUCCCAGGUUUUCCAGAAAUCCCGGGUUGGAAGAUUCCUGGAAUUCGGAAGGAAGGAAAUACAGGAAUCUUCCAACUGGGAUUUCUGGAAAACCAGGGAAUUUGGGGGAAAGUUAUCCUUGUUGUAUAUGAAAAUAGUGGUGCAAACAAUGUACAAUACAUGUUUGCAUAUAUUGCAAUCAGUACAAUCAAACGACACAUGUGGUACAAUCAAUGGUGGUGUCAGGUAAACAUAAUGGGUAUAAAUGAUACAGUCCAGAAUGAAUGAGUCAUUUUACCAUCAUCUGUUGUUUCUGCUCCGACUUCAAGGCUUACACUAGUGUUUACUGUAGGAUCUUAGGGUAAUGUACCUGUCCAACUUGACCACCAGCUUUGAGCAAUUACCCUCUGGACUUCCACUACACAUAGUGUUGUGACGUCAUACGUGACUCGUGUCCUUCUGCAGUCUAGUGUUUCUUGGUUCUCAGUAGCAUUCCUGUAGACGUGUGGCUCCACUGUACGAUGGAACAACAAUAAAAACUCAACACUGGUGUUUUA